AUGAGAAAGCAAUUUUAUUACUACAUUAUAUUACCAGUACUUCUGAGUAUGAUAUUUUUGAUUCAGCAAAAAACAGUGUUGGAACUUUGUGAACUUCAAACAUGCCCGUUUUGUUAUGGGGAGGAUAUGUGUGUGGACAUACGUGAGAAUAAAAUAACAUUGCAGUAUUCUAGUGUCUCUGACUUCAUUUAUAAUCUCCUCAGUGUAAAAAAUGUGUAUUUUGCUGUUUAUGACAAUAAAAAGGUUGUGUUGAAAAAGUUGGCUCAUGACAGUGAACUGCACAAACUAGACUUGGACAGUAUAAAAUCGGUGAAACAUUCUUUGAUGUAUGAACAUCAGUCAUUUGCAAUAUGUGAUAACAGAACAUUUGACGCUUUUUGGCAAAAUGCGGAUUUCAAAAAUGCUCGGCACCUCUCAACUAUACUGCAGAUUAAUGCUGAACCAGUUCUGUUGAAAAUCUUCAGCGCAGGGGAAGAUUUUCCGGUGCCGAAACUCUUCGGUUUCUGUGGAAGACUGGCAAUAAUGGAAAACUGUGGGCAACCCUUAACCACCAUUGAGAACCACUCUUGGAUUGACAGGUGCUAUGUGGCAUACCAAAUACUUCAAGCAGCCAAAGAUUUCACUGGAAAUCAUGAACGUUUUCGGCUAUAUUUGACAGAUAUAUCACCGGAUAAUAUUGUUGUGAAUGACGAGCUCAAAGUGGCUUUCGUUGAUCUAGAACAUGCCGUUGUGAAAAUGAUGGAAGCGGAUGGAUUUGGGACGUCACGUGUGCACCAUACAGUACAUGUUGCAGAUACUUAUUAUUAUUCACGAGAGGAGCUUUGUGAGCAUUCUGUUAGUGAUCACAAUAUAUAUGGGGUGUGCAUGAUGAUACUUUCAAAAUUCUCUCCAUGGCCGAUGAUGGAGGGUGGUUUGUUACAUGACCCUCCUGAGUUUGUAACUAGAAAUCAUGGGAAUCUGUUUGAAUAUAUUGAAAUGUGUGUCGAAACUAACGAACAAAUUAGUAGAUUUGAAAUCACUGAUAGUAUUUUGAAUGAAUUAGAAGUUAUUUUGUCCAGAGAAUUUAAGAUACCCAAAUAA